UUUGUACAAUUCUUUCGCCGCAAGAAUCCGUACGACACUAGGGUUUAAGAAUCCAAAUCCCUUAAAAAAGCUUAAACCCUCAGUGCUGGAACUCACAAUUACGACAGUCACACUCACUCACCUAGAGAAACAAUGGCUUUGCGCUCUGGAUCGCUUUCAAGGUCUCUACUUUCCACUGUCAGAUCGACCCAAAUUCGACGCUCCUCCUCCUCCGCAUCAUCAUCAUCCCUCCGCGGCCUCAUCCGCCCUCCGGCUGCAACUUCUUCGUUCCGCCGCCCCCUCUUCACCACUCCUAGGGCUAUGGCGGGAGAAUUCGGGGGCGUUCAAUCGCUGACGCCGAUGCACAACGCUCUCGCCGCUGCUCGCCUCACUUCUCACAUUUCUGUCAACGUGCGCGCUUUCUGCGAGUUGUCUCAGGGUACUUGAAUGGACUGUUUGAUCUGCACAUCUGGUGCAAUGUCAUAUGGGGUUUGAAGUACAUCAUGUUGGGGAACUCCACAAGCGUCUUGUCUUGAUGGGGUGUAGGGAGUAAUUUUAGAGUGUUAUCUAGUUAGAUAGGUUUUAUGUUAAAAACUGUCAUGUUCUUCCUAAAAACUCACAAAGAGAUCCUGCUUUUCAUUUUCGAACUCAUAUAUAUGAGUUCUUGCUUGACUUUCGGAUAUCUUACUAGACUUUUAUCCUUGGCUACUAUUUUGUUUGACCAUUUUGAGCCCUGUAUAUUUUACGUUGGGUAUUCUACAGUAAUGGAAUUUCCUUUGGGCCUUGGUGA